CACCUGAUUACGUCAUGAGAUUCAAACGAACAAACGUACACACGUACAAUGAUUUAGUUUCUAUAAACCUUUCGCUCAGCCAGUCGUGUCGAUCGAAUUAUUUUUCGUCGAAAUUAUGUGAUUUUCAAGUGUGCGUUCUUCAAUGGACAUGAAGUUUCUUCUAAUCCUGACGCUGAUCACAGCUGCGUCCGCGCAGAAAUGUCGGGGCACAUUCUUCAACAACAAAUACUACAACAUGGAGGUACUGAAGGAGGGACUGAACCGAGUGAAGCAAAUGAUUUACAGUAGCAAAGAAAACAGCGUUUAUUUCAUUUACGACCAAGGAGGUAUCCUAUACAACGGCGGAGCAGGUUAUUAUAAUCUGAACAAUCACCAAGCCGGAUUCUUCAUGGGAAUUCGAAACGCCACAAGCCUAGCUGUGGAUAAUAAUAAGAACAGAAUUUAUAUCGGCUGUGCUGAAGGUUUGUACGCGGUGACAGAUGGAAAUUUACCAGAAAGAUUUCCCAUAUCUGAACCAAUACUGAGCCUGUAUUAUAAGGAUGAUUUAUAUUUUACAAAUAUACGCAGAAAAGUAUAUAAAUUCGAUCUGGACGGUGUUAAAUUAGUUCCUGAAAUGCGUUACGAUUUUGCAGAUAACAUUAUAGUGGAUGAUGAUAAUAAUUUGUUCUUCCUUAAGGAUAAGAAAGUCAAUAGAGUGAAGUUAGAUACAGGUGCGCCGGCGUUUGAAGUAACUGAAUUCCCUGUUAAUUUAAUGACUAUGGAUGUUGAUGGGAAGCUAUAUGUGGCAACAAAUGACGGGAUAUAUCUUUACAAUAGAUAUAAAUACGCUUUAGACAAAAUAUCUAAUUUGAAGAAUGUGAAAGCAUUGAGUUUUGAUAAGAAGUGGGACCCAAUUUAUGUUGUUUUCGAUUUGUUAGUGAGAUUGAAGAAUCCUGUAGAAUGUUACGAGGAUAACGACGCGUUUUUCAAGUGAUAAUAAGUAGUAAUAAUUUGUCAAUAAACUAUUGAUCAGUGCUAAUUAUUGUAAAACGUAGUUUCGUUUUAAUUUCCAAAGUUUGGUACUCGUACACAUACAUACAGACAUAUAAUCGCGCUUUAUCCCUUACGGGGCGGGGUAGACAGAGCCAACUCUCUUACAAAGACCGACUACGUUCAGCUUUAUGGCUUAAAGAUGGAAUUGAAAUUCAAACACUGAUAGGUUCCUAGCCCGUAGCCUUAUGCUAUUAGCAUUUCACUUAGUUGCCUUUUACGACAUCCAUGGGAGAGUGCUAGAGUGGUCCUAUUCUAAAAUGCCACAUGGCAUAUAUUUUACUCGUACCUACAUAUUUUUAUAAAUUUUUCCAAAGAAAUGGUAACUAAUAAUUUAAUAAUUGAGUUUCUAUUUAUUGUAGACUUUUAUAACGAAAACCUAAAGUUAAAUCACGAAGGUUAUGUUGCAUUGUUUGACUGAUUAAAAAUAAUAAAAUAUACACGAUU